AUGGAGAUUGCGAGUCAAGCAGAGGUAGAAAAGCGGGCGGUGAUUCAAUAUAUUAUUGAGGGUAUCGACGAUGACGCAACAAACAAGUCCUUAUUAUAUGGAGCAACAUCUAUCAAACAGCUUAAAGAACGGUUUUGCCAGUACGAAAACAUGAUAAGAGAAAUGCAAGGAAAAGCAAAAUCAGCAGAACGAAAAGGCGACGGCAAAAGUUUUCAGAAGAAACCGGCUACAGUGAUAGAAUACGCGAAGCCGAAACGGUGUUUCAACUGUGGUGAAACAAACCAUAUAAGUGCGGAGUGUCCGGAAAAACAAAAGGGCGUAAAGUGUUUUAAGUGCAAUGAGUUUGGGCAUAUAGCAUCUAAAUGUCCCCCGAAAUCGGAAGGAACAAUCAAAGAAAUUAAUGUUGUUUCACGGCAGGGUGAGCAAAAUUACAUGAAAGCGGUACUGAUAGGGCAAAACAAGUUUGCAGCACUGGUAGAUACGGGUAGUGAUUUGACUUUCAUGCGAACGGACGAAUAUGUGAAAAUCGGAUCUCCCGCCUUGCGAGAUCGUAAAGCAAACCGCCUUUACCUCAAACUGAAAACGAAAUCUACGAAGAUACAGAGGAAGAAAAAAGCUGGCGAAGAGGAAGAUGAAGCUGACGAAGAAGAAGAUAAAGCUGACGAAGAUGAAGCUGACGAAGAGGAAAAUGAACAGUUUGUCUGA